AAGCAUUAGGUAGAUGAGGAGAGUUUUAAGACAAACAGUGCAAUGGCUGGGGGUGCUCUCUUCGUUUGGAUCCCCUUCCUUCUCUUAUGUGUCUUUCAAGCUUCUGACAACAGACAUGUCGGUCGGGAUGCGUAUGAUUCAAAUGGUGGUAUAAAAAAUCCAGCGACAGACCACAUCUUUUCGCAGAUCCCAAUAACCCUACCAGAAGGAAUUGAUCCCAAGAAUAUAAAUAUAACGUCAAUAACCAUCAAAACUUGUACUGAUGUGAAGGAACAGCUGACACAGCUUAACAUUCAGCUUCAGCAGACAAAGCUCCGCAACAGCCACCUAGAUAAUGAAGCCUUUGGGUUGAGGAGGGAAGUCAGACAGCUGAACCUGCAGCUUGCCACAUGCAGCGCAACAGCCUCAGUCAUUACUGGCUCCUAUCAAACCCAGCUCCUCAACAAAAUGAAGCAGCUUCUAGAGACAUUUGAUAGUGAUACAUUUCUGAUCCUGAAAAUCAUUGCACUGACCAGGGAGGUGAAUACAUUACAGAAGAAGAUCAAACAUGCUGCUAAUUCUACUGAAACCUCUAAAAUCAGAGUGCUGCAGAGAGAGCAGCAAGAGAAGAUCAAUGAACUGAACAUAAAGAUGCAGCAGGUGGAAAGCAGCCACCCAAACUCGGCUCUGAUUCUUCAGAUCAUCUCACUGCAAAAUCAGAUCUGGGAUAUGGAACAGGCACAAUUAAGAAGAGGAGAAACUAAUCUUCAGCCUGACAAGAUCAUUUUGGAUCUACAAGAGCAGCUGGACAGGAAGAUCAGUGAGCUGCGAGCCAAAGGAGAUGCAGACUCAGCUAUGCUGGAGCUCAUUUCUGUGCACAGUAAGAUCACAGUGAUGCAGAGGCUCAUCAAUGUCAACAUUGAGAAAUCCAGAGUUCAUGCUGCUGAUUAUCAGAGGGAGUGGAGGCAAAAAGCUGAGCUCCUUAGAAGAAAGAUCUUACAGUUGAAUCGUGAGGAGAGUAACAGUGAACUUACCAAGGAAAUCUUGAGGCUGCAGGCUGAGGUGGAGCAUUUUAGACAGUUAAUGAUAGAUGCCAAAAAGGCAACUGAGUCCCAACUUAAAGAGCUAAGAGUUAAUUUGGAGGAGGAGAAGAAACAGCAAGCUAACUUACAGAAACACCUGGAGGAAACAGAGUAUGCCCAGUCACAACUGAUCAUGAAAUUCAUCAGCAUAAUGAAAGAGGUGAGAGAGCUGGACGAUGAUGAGCAACACCAUACGAUAUCAACAAGUCAAGCCAGCACUCUUCAGACUGUGCUUCAAGCCAAAGAAAAGGAAUUUGCCAAAGCUCAGGCUGAAAUAAAUGAGCUGCAGAGGAAACUGCGAUUAAAGAGCAAAGAAUGCUCUGGACUUGAGGAAAGAUAUGAGGUGGUAAAGACUGAAAUUGAACAGAAGAUUGUAGAACUGACCAGAACCAGUAACUCCAAAGCAGCACUCAUUCUGAACGUGAUAAACCUACAUGGUGAUCUGAAGACUCUGAGGGAUCUGAUCUCCACUGCAAGUGAUCCAGACAGGAUCUCAGAGCUGCAGAGGCAACUGGAGGAGAAACAAGAAGAACUUAACUCCAAGACUGCUGACAUUGAGAGACUGAUACCCAACCCCAAAAUAAUUUUAACAAUCAUCGAGCUGCAGAAUGAGAUCUGGGACCUUCAGAAAAAGGCUGCCAAUGAUACCACUGGUGACGAUGUAAAAAAGUUGCAAGACAGAGUGAAUGGCCUUAUCACUGAAUUAGACGACAAUGGUGACGACAACACAAAACUGAUGCUGCAGAUCAUACUGCUGCAGAGUCAGGUGGAGCAGCUGCAGAGACAGUUACCAACCACUCAGGUAACACAGCUCACUGAUGAUCUUACAGCCAAGAAGUUCGAGCUGCAGAAAUACGUCAACGAGCUGAAUGAGAAAAACCAGACAAUUGCCAGGUUGAUUCUGACAAUCACUGAUCUGCAAAACCAACUCAGGAACCUAGAAAAAGGAGAGCACAAUACAGACCAAACAGCGUCUGCUGCAAUUACUAAGCUGAGAGAACAACUGAAGGCAAAAGUGGAGGAGCACAGCCGUGAUCAAGCUGAGAUCAAGGCUCUGCAGAAUAAACUGAACCAGACGGAGUCACAGUGUCCCGGGUUCGAGGACAAACUUAAAGAUCUGCAGACCAACCUGGAUGACAAAAUGAAGGAACUGCAGUCCAAAACUGAGUCUGUUUCUUCACUUGCUCUCCAGGUUUCUACAUUAACCCUGCAACUGGAGGAGCUGAAGAGACAACUACAAAACACUGAAUCUGAAACCAAGAUCAAAGAGCUUCAAAAGCUUAUAGAUGAGAAAAAUAAUGAGCUGGCCAAAAAAACAGAAGAGCUAAAAGCAAGAAGUGUUCAACCACAAAGACUUCUACGGAUCAUUGCAAUACAAACAGAGAUUGAGAAACUGUCAUAUGUGGCAGCAAAUGACACAGAUUACGAUAAGAUUAGAGCGCUCCAAGACCAUUUGAAUAAUUUGGUGGACGAAAUUCAAGAUGAAAACAAUGAAAAUACUAAACUGAUGUUUAAAAUGUUGGCUUAUCAAGAUGAAAUAGCAAGAUUGGAGAAGCAAGAAAAGAGUCAGACACAAGCAGCGUUGGAGAGAAUUAAAGAUCUGGAGAAUGAACUGGAGGACAUCAGAAAUCAGAUAGAAGAAAAGACACUGGUGCUGGACUCAAGUGAUACAAGGAUCGCUAAUCUAACGGCUCAGAUUAUGGAACUUAAAAACAAAGUCAAACCACUAGAAGACGAGAUAUUAGGCGUUAAAGAGACAAGCGCUAAGAACGUCAGAGAGCUGCAAAACAGACUGGAAUUGUUAACGCGGCAACUGCAAGACAGUGAACUUCAACUCCAGGAAGCAGAUGCAAAGAAUUUUAACUUGAUAAUGGAGAUUGCUGAUUUGAGGACACAACUGAAAAAGGCUCAGAAAAAGGCAUCCAAACCUGCUGAAAAAAGCAAUGAAUUGGAACAACAACUACAAACACAACAAACAGUGAACAAAAAACUUGAAAGCACAAAUAAAGAGCUGAGAGAACAACUGAAGGCAAACGUGGAGGAGCACAUCCGUGAUCAAGCUGAGAUCAAGGCUCUGCAGAAUAAACUGAACCAGACGGAGUCACAGUGUACCGAGUUUGAGGACAAACUUAAAGAUCUGCAGACCAACCUGGAUGACAAAAUGAAGGAACUGCAGUCCAAAACUGAGUCUGUUUCUUCACUUGCUCUCCAGGUUUCUACAUUAACCCUGCAACUGGAGGAGCUGAAGAGACAACUACAAAACACUGAAUCUGAAACCAAGAUCAAAGAGCUUCAAAAGCUUAUAGAUGAGAAAAAUAAUGAGCUGGCCAAAAAAACAGAAGAGCUAAAAGCAAGAAGUGCUCAACCACAAAGACUUCUACGGAUCAUUGCAAUACAAACAGAGAUUGAGAAACUGUCAUAUGUGGCAGCAAAUGACACAGAUUACGAUAAGAUUAGAGCGCUCCAAGACCAUUUGAAUUAUUUGGUGGACGGAAUUCAAGAUGAAAACAAUGAAAAUACUAAACUGAUGUUUAAAAUGUUGGCUUAUCAAGAUGAAAUAGCAAGAUUGGAGAAGCAAGAAAAGAGUCAGACACAAGCAGCGUUGGAGAGAAUUAAAGAUCUGGAGAAUGAACUGGAGGACAUCAGAAAUCAGAUAGAAGAAAAGACACUGGUGCUGGACUCAAGUGAUACAAGGAUCGCUAAUCUAACGGCUCAGAUUAUGGAACUUAAAAACAAAGUCAAACCACUAGAAGACGAGAUAUUAGACAUUAAAGAGACAAGCGCUGAGAACGUCAGAGAGCUGCAAAACAGACUGGAAUUGAUAACGCGGCAACUGCAAGACAGUGAACUUCAACUCCAGGAAGCAGAUGCAAAGAAUUUUAACUUGAUAAUGGAGAUUGCUGAUUUGAGGACACAACUGAAAAAGGCUCAGAAAAAGGCAUCCAAACCUGCUGAAAAAAGCAAUGAAUUGGAACAACAACUACAAACACAACAAACAGUGAACAAAAAACUUGAAAGCACAAAUAAAGAGCUGAGAGAACAACUGAAGGCAAACGUGGAGGAGCACAUCCGUGAUCAAGCUGAGAUCAAGGCUCUGCAGAAUAAACUGAACCAGACGGAGUCACAGUGUACCGGGUUCGAGGACAAACUUAAAGAUCUGCAGACCAACCUGGAUGACAAAAUGAAGGAACUGCAGUCCAAAACUGAGUCUGUUUCUUCACUUGCUCUCCAGGUUUCUACAUUAACCCUGCAACUGGAGGAGCUGAAGAGACAACUACAAAACACUGAAUCUGAAACCAAGAUCAAAGAGCUUCAAAAGCUUAUAGAUGAGAAAAAUAAUGAGCUGGCCAAAAAAACAGAAGAGCUAAAAGCAAGAAGUGUUCAACCACAAAGACUUCUACAGAUCAUUGCAAUACAAACAGAGAUUGAGAAACUGUCAUAUGUGGCAGCAAAUGACACAGAUUACGAUAAGAUUAGAGCGCUCCAAGACCAUUUGAAUAAUUUGGUGGACGAAAUUCAAGAUGAAAACAAUGAAAAUACUAAACUGAUGUUUAAAAUGUUGGCUUAUCAAGAUGAAAUAGCAAGAUUGGAGAAGCAAGAAAAGAGUCAGACACAAGCAGCGUUGGAGAGAAUUAAAGAUCUGGAGAAUGAACUGGAGGACAUCAGAAAUCAGAUAGAAGAAAAGACACUGGUGCUGGACUCAAGUGAUACAAGGAUCGCUAAUCUAACGGCUCAGAUUAUGGAACUUAAAAACAAAGUCAAACCACUAGAAGACGAGAUAUUAGACAUUAAAGAGACAAGCGCUGAGAACGUCAGAGAGCUGCAAAACAGACUGGAAUUGAUAACGCGGCAACUGCAAGACAGUGAACUUCAACUCCAGGAAGCAGAUGCAAAGAAUUUUAACUUGAUAAUGGAGAUUGCUGAUUUGAGGACACAACUGAAAAAGGCUCAGAAAAAGGCAUCCAAACCUGCUGAAAAAAGCAAUGAAUUGGAACAACAACUACAAACACAACAAACAGUGAACAAAAAACUUGAAAGCACAAAUAAAGAGCUGAGAGAACAACUGAAGGCAAACGUGGAGGAGCACAUCCGUGAUCAAGCUGAGAUCAAGGCUCUGCAGAAUAAACUGAACCAGACGGAGUCACAGUGUACCGGGUUCGAGGACAAACUUAAAGAUCUGCAGACCAACCUGGAUGACAAAAUGAAGGAACUGCAGUCCAAAACUGAGUCUGUUUCUUCACUUGCUCUCCAGGUUUCUACAUUAACCCUGCAACUGGAGGAGCUGAAGAGACAACUACAAAACACUGAAUCUGAAACCAAGAUCAAAGAGCUUCAAAAGCUUAUAGAUGAGAAAAAUAAUGAGCUGGCCAAAAAAACAGAAGAGCUAAAAGCAAGAAGUGUUCAACCACAAAGACUUCUACAGAUCAUUGCAAUACAAACAGAGAUUGAGAAACUGUCAUAUGUGGCAGCAAAUGACACAGAUUACGAUAAGAUUAGAGCGCUCCAAGACCAUUUGAAUAAUUUGGUGGACGAAAUUCAAGAUGAAAACAAUGAAAAUACUAAACUGAUGUUUAAAAUGUUGGCUUAUCAAGAUGAAAUAGCAAGAUUGGAGAAGCAAGAAAAGAGUCAGACACAAGCAGCGUUGGAGAGAAUUAAAGAUCUGGAGAAUGAACUGGAGGACAUCAGAAAUCAGAUAGAAGAAAAGACACUGGUGCUGGACUCAAGUGAUACAAGGAUCGCUAAUCUAACGGCUCAGAUUAUGGAACUUCACAAGAAAAUCAAACCACUAGAAGACGAGAUAUUAGACGUUAAAGAGACAAGCGCUGAGAACGUCAGAGAGCUGCAAAACAGACUGGAAUUGUUAACGCGGCAACUGCAAGACAGUGAACUUCGACUCCAGGAAACAGAUGCAAAGAAUUUUAACUUGAUAAUGGAGAUUGCUGAUUUGAGGACACAACUGAAAAAGGCUCAGAAAAAGGCAUCCAAACCUGCUGAAAAAAGCAAUGAAUUGGAACAACAACUACAAACACAACAAACAGUGAACAAAAAACUUGAAAGUGCAAAUAAAGACUUAAAGGAAGAGGUCAAGGAACUGAAAAUGUGCUGCGCUGAUGAUGUCACCCACUGUGCCGAUUUACAAAGACAACUGCAACAGAGCCAGGAGGACGCGGAUCGCCUACAGCAGCAGCUGGGCAAGAUGAAUGCCAACCUCAAACAGCUGCAGCAGCAGUUAGAAGAGCAGAUCAGGGAGAAUAACGGCCUGCAAAAUGAGAAGAGGAAACUUGAGGAUAAUGUACAAGAUCUCCAAAACAGACUGAGUAUUGUGGAUGAAAAGACGAUCUAUGCAAGGCAGGUGAGCUUGGAUCCAAACACAGCACACCCGAGAAUAGCUCUUUCUGCAGAUAACACCAGGAUUUCUACUAGUGAAGAAAUACAAAACGUCCCCUACAAUCCAGGCCGGUUUGAUGUGGUUCUCGCUGUCCUUGGCACGACUGGCUUCUCAACUGGCAGACACUACUGGGAGGUGUCUGUAGCUGGGAAGCUUUGUUACCACCUUGGGAUGGCCAGUGAAUCUGCUCGAAGAAAGGGAUCGAUAACAUUCAAUCCAGCAAACGGUUUCUGGACGCUAGUCAUGAACAAACAGGGUCAGUUGAAAACUGUCGAUAGAAAACCUUUCAUUAUUCCAGUUCAGACACAACCUCUUACACUGGGAAUUCUGCUGGACUACAAAAAGGGACAGAUCUCAUUUUACGACGCUGGUGCCAGAUCUCAUAUGUACUCAUUUGUAGGUCAAAGAUUUACAGACAAGAUCUAUCCAUUUGUCAAUUUCUGUGUUGAGGAUGUUGAAAGUCUGACACCAAUAGUGUUACUCCCUUCCGGUUCAGUUGACUGGAUAAAACUAGAGGAACGGAAAAUGGCGGAUCUCGAAGACGUUACGCUGGACGGGAGACCGCUACAGUCCCUUCGAGUAGCGGAUUUAAAAGCUGCUCUUGAGGAGAGAGGACUCUCAAAAAGCGGGCAGAAGAAUGCUUUAAUCAAAAGACUCAAAGGGGCUCUCAUGCUGGAGAAUCUGCAGAGGACCUCCACCGCUCACAUCGGACUGCAGCCAAACUCACAGAUUGGUGAGGAAAUGAGCCAGAACAGCUUCAUCAAGCAGUAUCUGGCUAAACAACAGGAGCUCCUGAGGCAGCGGCUGGAGAGAGAGGCUCGUGAAGCAUAUGACACAAAUGAGCCAGAGGACCACACAGAAGUCAAUAACAGUACAUCAUGCCCUCCUCAAGCCCAGGAUGCCACACCAGCAUUGGCUGAGCAGCACAAGCCACCUGGCCCCUCUGGUGGAGAGGGAUUGUUUGGUGCAGUGAAUGAGGGCGAGGGUAACAGGAACCAGGAGGCUGACAUGUCCGGUCCUCCUGCUUCUGGCUCUGUGGCCGUGCAUGUUCCUGGUGGUGAGCACCGGGCAGAGAAGGGGUCUGCCUCCAACAAAGUUGCUGCUGACAGCGACGAUGACGAUAGUGAGGAUGGCGAGGAGGAUGGUGACGAUGAUGAUUGGGAAAGCGGUGCUCGAAGGAGAGGCCACAGAGAGCCAGCCAAAGUGCCCACUACCAGAGAGAGGUCUGGAGCAUCCUGUCAACCCCCGCAGCAGCACAUGCCUUCCCUUUUGUCCCCUCAACUCCGCCAGCCGACACCUCCUCCCUCCCCACCUCCAGAGUUAUCAUUCCCCUUGCCUGACACCCCUAAACAGAGCCCCCCUAGUCCAGAUGUAGCCCCAGCUAGGCGCUCGUCCAGUACCUCUAGCUCUGGUUCAUCCAGCAGCGGCAGCCGCAGUAGCAGCCCAGAGCCACAGAGGAGUGGACAUGCAGAGCGCAAGCCGGGCCCGCUGACCCUUCUGGCACGUAAAAUGGCGUCGGAAGGUGCUUUUUCGGGAGCAGGUUGGCACCGCGGCGCUGGGGAAGGUGAUAGGCAGGACAGCAGUACUCCGGCUACAUCAUUUCCUGGCAGAGGUCAUCCAGAGGGUCUGGUAUCUGCCAUCACUCACACAGCCAAUACUGCAGGCCAUGUGUCAUUUCCCAUGAUUUCAGGCACCCACCAGGGUAUCACAGGAGCACAUUCGGCCCAUAUUCAAGUACCUGUGAGUUUGCUUAAAGUCACUGCAGCAGAAGAGAGGGACAGAGAGAGGGACUCUGAGAUAGAAAGAGAAAAGGCCCUUGAGCUGGAAAGGCAAGAGAAGCAAAGAAAACUUGAGCAAGAACGAGCAAUGGAGGAAGAGCGUGAAAGAGCUCUUGCCCUGGAGAGAGAGGAAAGAGAGAGAGCUCUGGAGAAAGAGAGAAUUGAACGUCAGCAGGCCUUAGAAAGAGAAGAACGAGAAAAGGCUUUGCAGCGGGAGAGGGAACUUGCUCUAGAACGAGAGAGGGAACUAGCUUUGGCUAAAGAGAGGGAAGCGCGAGAGCAAGCCUUAGCACAAGAGAGGGCCCUGGAGCUGGAGAGGCAGGAGCUCGAAAGACAGAGGGCCCUGGAGCAUGAACGUUUGCAGAGAGAAAAGGAGGAGAGGGAGAAGCGAGAGAGAGAAGAAAUGGAACGAGCAAUGGAGCUAGAAAGAGCUAAGGCUUUGGAGCAGGAAAGAAAGGAGAGAGAAAGAGCUCUUGAGCAAGAGAGGCUACAGAGGGAAAUAGCUCUGGAGGCUGAGAGAAAGGAGAAGGAGAGGAUUGAGAGAGAAAAGGCUUUGGAGCAGGAAAGGCUGGAAAGGGAAAGGUUAGAGAGAGAGAAAGCCUUAGAGCAAGAGAGACUAGAGAGGGAGAAAGCCUUGGAGCAAGAGCGACUAGAGAAAGAAAAAGCCAUAGAGCAAGAGAGAAUUGAGAAGGAGAAAGCCUUAGAGCAAGAGAGAAUUGAGAAAGCCUUAGAGCAAGAGAGAAUUGAGAAAGAGAAAGCCUUAGAGCAAGAGAGAAUUGAGAAGGAGAAAGCCUUAGAGCAAGAGAGAAUUGAGAAAGCCUUAGAGCAAGAGAGAAUUGAAAGAGAGAAAGCCUUAGAGCAAGAGAGAAUUGAAAGAGAGAAAGCCUUAGAGCAAGAGAGAAUUGAGAGAGAGAAAGCCUUAGAGCGAGAGAAAGAGAGGUUGGAGCGGGAGAGAGCCUUAGAACAGAGGUUAGAGCUUGAGAGGAAGGAAAAGGAGAGAAUUGAGAGAGAGAAAGCAUUGGAGCAAGAAAGGAUAGAGAGGGAAAAGGCCUUGCAACGAGAGAGGGAGGAAAAAGAGAGAUUGGAGAGAGAGGCAGCUCUGGAACAGGUGAGGAAGGAGAAGGAAAGAGCCGAAAAGGAGAGGAAAGAGAGGCUGGAGAGAGAGAAGGCUUUAGAGCAGGAGAAACUUGAAAGGGAGAGAGCCUUGGAGAAGGAAAGGAAGGAGAAGGAGAGGGCACUCGAACAAGAAAGGUUAGAGAAGGAGAAAGCAAUGCAGAAAGAAAAGGAGGAGCAGGAGAGGGCCCUGGAACAGGAGAAAGAGAGAGCUAGGGGGACUGAAAAGGAUAGGGAGAGUCACCUCCCUCCUUCCAAACGUGGCCGUGAGAUUGGUCUUACCCCCCUGCCCACUCCUCCCCCCCUCUCCACAGGCCCAGGUAGAAAGUCAUCGACAGAGGCAGGAGAGCAAGAAGAUGUCCAUGCUCCAAUGUCCCGGCGUGAAGCAGCAGAAUCCGGUGCACCCAUGCCAGCAACACUUCCGUUGCCUCAGUCCUCAUUCAAGAAAUUCCGGUUCUUAAGGGACUCCCCAAUUCAGCUCCAAUCUUCCUCCCCUUCCAUGGUCAUAAAGCGGCCCCGUAACUUCUCUGAUACCCCCCAGCCUCGGGCCCCCCAUGUUUCCUCCCUCACCGAUGUCGGGGAGCGCCAGCAGGAAGGACUCCCGUCCUCCGCUGAACAGGAAGAUCCACAGAUGCGGACAAAACGGGAGGUUGUUGCCGGGGCGCUGGGAUCUGAAGGGGCCCAGCCUGAGAAGGAGACCACUGUUAACACCGCACUGGUCCCAAGUCCCAAAAAAGAAGGGGCCACCAGCCUAGUAUUGGAGGACAAAGAUAAAGCAGAUUCUGUGAAGUCGGAACAGGCUGCCAAGGAAUCCACCAAAAAAGCAAAAGAAGUGGAUGAAAGCAAGGGUCCUACAAACCCAGUGGAUACUGCACAGCGGAGGGGAAGAGACACAAACAAGGAAGAAAAACAAGUAAGACAAAGAUCAUUGUCUAAUGAUUCCUCUUCGUCAGAAUCGGACUCCGGGUCCUCGUCUUCUCGGUCCUCUGGCUCAUCCACAUCCUCUCAAGAGAAAACCUGCUCCACUUCAAGAGGUAGAAGGGAAGGUAAACCUGAAAGAGAUUCCUCACCACAGCACAGGGUGACACAAGAGGCUCAGGCUGAGGGUUUAAAGGAAACACCAAAAGCCUCCCCUGGCAAAAGAGAGAUGUCUGUAGAGAAGAGUAACACAACUGCUGAUGGAGACAGUCACACCAAGAAACCAUUCAUUGAAGCACCAACCAGAGAGGCGUCACAAAGGAAGAGAAAGGACAACGAGAGAGAGGAGGAAACGGACAAACGGAGGCAGUUGAAGGAGACUGCCAUGGCAGAGCCGGAGAAGCUUCCAGAGACCAGUGAGGAGACACCAAAGGCCUUCUCAGCUCGUAAGAUCUCUAUUAGCAGCAGUAAAUCGUCCCCAGGCACUGGCAGUGCAGAGGGUGAGCAGGACCCUGGGGCCGCGGCCGGUCGCAAGAGGAGGUGGGGCUCCAGCACAGCUGUCACUGCCAAGAAACCUUCCAUCAGCAUCACCACAGAUUCACUCAAGUCUCUGAUCCCAGACAUUCGCCCGUGUCUCGGGCAGGAGGCAGUAGUGGACCUGCACCCAGAGGAAGCUGUCCACUCUGGCGCUGAGGAUGAAGAGAGGGAGUGCUCUGACCAGGAUCUUCAGAUCCGUCGCACUGUCACACAGGUGGUGCACUCGGAGAGCCAGGAGAAUGGAGAGAAAGAGACAAAGAGGAGCAGACAUGAGGAGUUGGAGGAGGGUGACCCACAGGGAGACAGAGAGAUGACGACAAGGGCGCAUGAAGAGAAGAUGGACACCUCAUUUCCUGGAGCCGUGGAAACCCAGUCUCCAUCACAUACCAGCCAUGAUGUAGAAACUAACACUGUGACCCCCAGCGACACCCUCAUUCGCCGCUCCAUCAGCCAGCAAAAAACGGGUGUUUCCAUCACAAUCGAUGACCCUGUUCGCACGGCCCGUCAGCCCUCGCCACCCCGCGGCAAAGUCUCCAACAUUGUUCACAUCAGCAACCUGGUGAGGCCGUUCACUCUGGGGCAGCUAAAGGAACUGCUCGGCAGAACUGGCACCCUGGUGGAGGAGGGCUUCUGGAUUGACAAAAUCAAGUCUCACUGCUAUGUCACUUACUGUAGCUCAGAGGAGGCAGUUGCUACACGGGCAGCUCUUCAUGGAGUGAAAUGGCCUCAGAGCAACCCAAAAGUCCUUAACGUAGACUUCUGCCAGCAGGAUGAGCUGGACUUCCACAAAGGCUUGGGUGUAGCCGGUAAACCCGGAGCAGAGGAACGGGGGCCUGGCUCUGGCCGUGGUCGAACAUCGGCCCUGCCCUCUCUCCUCCCUGAGCGAGACCAGUGGGCCGAGCGUGAGCGUGAGAUGGAGCGCCGAGAGAAGGCUAGAGCAGAGCGGGAGUGGGAUCGCGACAAGGUCCGAGAGUUUGGGAAACCCGGUGAAGAGAAGGAGGAAGGUCCCCGGAGGUCACGCUCCAGAGAGAGGCGCCGCAAGGAGAGGGGAAAGAGCAAGGAGAAGAAAACUGAGAAGAAGGAGAAAAUGGCUGAGGAUCCCCCUGCAAAGCUGCUUGAUGAUCUGUUCCGCAAAACUAAAGCAGCUCCUUGCAUAUACUGGCUUCCACUUACAGAGGAACAGUUUGUCCAACGGGAAGCUGCCAAAGCAGAACGGAUGAAGGAGCGUGAGAAACGGAGGAAGGAGCAAGAUGAAGAGGAGGAGAAAAAAAGGGAAGAGGAGCGCAAGGAGAGGGUGAAAGCUGGAGGCGGCCCAACUGGAGAGCGAAGUGAGGGUGAGAAGGAAAAGGACAGGGACAGAGAGAGGGACAGAGACCGAGGUAGAGAUAGAGACAGAGACAGGGAGAGGGAGAGGGAGAAUGACAAACGCAGGGAUGGCUACCGUAGGCCAGAGGGCCGUGGAGCAGGCGUGGGCAGACGCUCACGCAGCCGCAGCGACCCACGAGAAAGGCGACGUUAAUGGCCAAUCAACUGAUGGAACUGUCCUAGAGACCACCCUCUUCCAUUUGCCUUUCACUACAUGUACUUUGUUACAACUGAGACCCAACAGAGGACCAACUGAUGUCGUCACCAUCUCUCAAAUUGUCACCUUUUUUUAUAGUACAUCUACACUUAAACACAGACAGGCUUAAAGGGGACCAUGUGUUAUUUUUAUUUUAUUUUUUUUUGCGGUGUUGUUUCCCAGAGUGCUGUAUGUCGCACUUCUGUCAAGCUUUGAUAUAUUUUCUUUAUACUUUUGCCUCUCUUUUUCUUAAAUUUUUGUCUUGACGGUUUUGCAGUAUGGCACACUGGGUAAUUUUAAUAAUUUCCCCUCAUGUUCCCCAUUUGCCCCAAAGUGUAGGUGCCAAUUAUGAUUUGCAAUCAACUGUUGUCGCCUCAGUGUUUUAACAGCUCUAAAAUCUGGAUGAGGAAUCCUUUUGUUGCUGCAUGUAGUCCAAGGCUCUCCUUGCCAAUCCUGCCUAAAUAGAAAACUCUGACCUCUGUGCAGAGGCUUGCAUAAAUCUGAAAAUAUUGGAAUAGGUGUGUUUGGCAUUUUGUACAGACAUAUAAGAUUACUUAAAAUCAUGUCUUUAAAUAAGGCAGCUCUGGGGUAUUUUUGGACAUGUGUGGAAUAACUACUAAGGCAAUGCAGUGUUCCUCUCCCUGUUUAGUUAAGCGAAAUGGUUCCGAAUCUCCUUGGAGGAGAAUCGAUGUCUGUCACACUUGACACAAGUUAUGAUUAUGUCCUUAUCAUUGAUUCUCUUAUUCCUCCCUCCUCUUCCUCCAGUUCUCUUACCCUGUAGCAUCAAUACAGGCCCAAGAGGAGAGGUUGCAUUAUGAGUUUUCUAACCAUUUUUUUGUUACCUUUUAUUUUAUCAUUUUAGUACAAAGGU